UGUUUUACCAUCAAACGGGUUAUGUGUGAGUUUAGCCCUACACAUUUAUGUAUAACUGAUCUGGCAGCCAAGGGUGAACUAGAUACGCCGAACGAUGAGCAUCUGAGCCCUUGAGCGGUAUUGUUUCCAAGUAAGUGCAAAUGUGUAAAAUAGUAAAAAAAAAGUCCACCUGUGUAAUCUGCUUGAUAUAUUUCGUAAUUGAAUAUGAAAUGUACACAAAAGCAUAUAUGGAGAGUGUACUGGCAUUAUAGCGUUUGUCGCCUUGAUGCUUUGUUUUGGAGAAAGUGCGCCAUUUAGUGCGCGCUUCGCGAGCUCCGCGUUGCAGCGUUGUUCGAGCCGAAGUAAAUUAUUCAUUUUGAUAUUUAUCUCUACAAGUGUUGGUGUUUGCAUGAACGGCAGCCGGUCCAGUUCAGUGGGCCUAUCCCAGUGGGACGGAGCAAGCUCAGAUAUUUGAAAAUAAAAACACAAUGUCCAAGCGGCAUCGGGUUGAUCUUGGAGAUAUGGCUUCAGGAUCUAAGAAAACUAAAAGUGGCACUGGCAGCGCUAAUGCCUCAAAUACACCGUCAGGCAGUGGAGACAAACAGGUUUUGCAUGGUCUUAACUGGUUAAACAACAUACCAUACUCAAAACGUUAUUACGAGAUCGUCCCUAAGCGACUCGCACUGCCAGUGAAUGAGUACCGUCAACAGUUUGAAGAACUUGUGCAGAAACAUCAAAUCAUUGUUCUCGUUGGUGAGACGGGAUCCGGUAAGACAACUCAAAUACCACAAUGGUGCGUUCAAAUUAUGAAACCCCGGGCCAUGUCGGGUAAACCCCUGUCACAGUCUCGCAGAGGAGUGGCGUGUACACAACCUAGGCGAGUAGCCGCGAUGUCGGUUGCCACCCGAGUUGCCGAAGAAAUGGAUGUCACAUUAGGCCAAGAGGUAGGCUAUUCUAUCAGAUUUGAAGACUGUUCGGGACCCAAGACACUGUUGAAGUAUAUGACAGACGGUAUGCUACUUCGGGAAGCAAUGUCUGAUCCUAUGUUAGAAGCCUAUGGUUGCAUUAUGUUAGACGAAGCUCACGAGCGAACUUUGGCUACCGAUAUCCUAAUGGGAGUUCUCAAGCAGGUCGUGUUACGAAGACCAGAUCUCAAAAUUAUCGUGAUGUCAGCAACACUUGACGCCGGCAAAUUCCAGACGUAUUUUGAUAACGCGCCACUUUUGUCCGUGCCUGGAAGAACACAUCCUGUUGAAAUCUUCUAUACGCCUGAACCGGAACGGGAUUAUCUUGAGGCGGCGAUUCGGACUGUCGUACAAAUUCACAUGUGCGAAGAAACCGAAGGUGACAUUCUACUUUUUCUUACGGGACAGGAAGAAAUCGAAGAGGCUUGUAAAAGAAUUAAACGCGAGGUCGACAACCUAGGUAAUGAUGUUGGAGAGCUGAAAUGUAUUCCAUUAUACUCGACGCUACCGCCGAAUAUGCAACAACGAAUAUUCGAGCCGGCGCCCCCAAAUAAGCCAAAUGGAGCAAUCGGGCGGAAAUGUGUAGUAUCGACGAAUAUAGCCGAAACAUCGCUCACUAUCGACGGUGUCGUUUUCGUAAUUGAUCCAGGCUUUGCAAAACAGAAAGUCUACAAUCCACGCAUUCGGGUUGAAUCGUUGCUAGUAUCACCAAUUAGCAAAGCAAGUGCGCAGCAGCGAGCGGGUCGUGCGGGCAGAACAAAGCCGGGUAAAUGUUUCCGAUUGUACACCGAAAGGGCUUUCAAGACCGAAAUGCAAGAGAAUACCUAUGCCGAGAUUCUAAGAAGCAAUCUGGGCACCGUCGUACUACAGCUGAAAAAGUUAGGCAUUGAGGAUCUCGUCCACUUUGACUUCAUGGAUCCACCUGCUCCAGAAACGUUGAUGCGCGCUCUUGAGAUGCUCAAUUACCUCGAGGCACUCGACGACUCAGGCGAGUUGACUGAGCUUGGAGGGAUCAUGGCUGAGUUCCCGCUUGACCCGCAGUUAGCAAAGAUGCUCAUAUCAUCGUGUCAGUUCAACUGCUCCAACGAGACACUGUCAAUCACGGCCAUGCUUUCAGUCCCUCAAUGCUUCGUAAGGCCGAAUGAAGCAAAGAAAGCCGCCGAUGAAGCGAAGAUGCGUUUCGCCCACAUUGACGGUGAUCACCUGACCAUGCUGAACGUGUACCAUGCGUUCAAACAAGCGCACGACGACCCAUCGUGGUGUUACGAAAAUUUCAUUAACUAUCGCUCUCUCAAGAGCGCAGAUAAUGUUCGAUCGCAGCUUUCCAGAAUUAUGGACCGCUUUAACUUGAAACGUACAUCAACGGAGUUCACUUCUAAGGACUACUAUCUCAAUAUACGAAAAACCCUUGUAUCUGGCUAUUUCAUGCAGGUAGCACAUCUCGAACGCCAUGGCCACUAUCUGACAAUCAAGGAUAAUCAGGUCGUUCAGCUACAUCCAUCGACCUGUUUAGAUCACAAGCCGGAGUGGGUCGUGUAUAACGAAUUUGUCUUGACCACAAAAAACUACAUUCGCACUGUAACCGACGUAAAACCAGAGUGGCUAAUAAAGCUGGCCCCGACUUACUACGAUAUGGGCAAUUUCCCAAAUUGCGAGGCGAAACGUCAGUUGGAGAACAUUGUCACCAAACUCGAUGCACAAAAGUACCAGUACUCGUGAGCUGAUAGACUCACAGUUGGUAGGCAUAAAGGGGACGCGCUUAUGAGGGACAAUAUUAAUCAUCGUAGUUUUAUUAUUAUUAUUACUAUUAUUAAGAAUAGUUAGUAUAUUUGAUAUUUGUCAAAACAUUGGGAUGAAUAAGGUGGCUAAGUAGGAAAAGGAUCAUAUAAUUUCUUAUUUGAGAAUGGUUCCGAGGCCGGUUUUUUGUUUCUCUUUAUUGCACUGGAACAACUGAGAGAUAACGUGAUGUAGUUCGUGCUAUUCAGGCCCCUCUAUAUAAGACAGCUUUCAUUGUAUGGAUGGAAUGUGUACAAGGUGUAUAUCUGGUAAGAU